CGAAUGCGGAAGCACAUUUUUAGGUGAUAAUAUAUCAUAUUGUAGGUGUUUAUUCCACUUUACAGUCAUAUGUUGCUGUUUGUUACAUUUUGUUGUGUUUAGCUUCCAUUGUGAAAGAUACACAACUAUCGAGGAGCUGGUCUGAGAAGUAAAAGAGGAGCGACGUCAGGCUAAGACAACUUAGAGCCAGGGGUGUCCAAAGUGCGGCCCGGGGGCCAUUUGCGGCCCGGGAUAGGAUGCCCACAGCAAGUGGGCUUUUAGUUGCUGGUCUUGUGCUGCGUGCAGACGGACUGUGACAGACGUGUUGACAACUCUACUUCAAAAACUCUCUGUGGACGCCGAGAGGACGUUUUCCUAAAGGACAGCAGAGCGACUUAGUUCCAUUGAUGCAGCGUUGCUGGCGUGCUCUCAGCCCCUCAAGAGGUUCAUGGGAAAAUGCCGCGGAGGGGAAGGACCUGAGGGAAGAGGCUUCUCUCGGGCGGGAAAGGACUGUUCCGCGUUUAGCGACUUGGACUUUUAUCUGAGGUUCCGGCUGAGCAGGUAGCGAGGACGGGGCAGGAUGCGAGUCCGAGCGCCGGCGGGGCCGUCGCUAUGCUGGUAGAGGUGAGGUCUCCUCCCUCCUCGUCAAUGACACUUCACAUUUGUCCACCAUGCUGGACAACCCUGCCGUCUCUGCCCCUUACAUCACGCUGGAGCUGCUGAUCGCCAUCUUCUCCGUGUUGGGCAACGUGCUGGUGUGUUGGGCCGUGUUCCUCAACAGCAACCUGCAGAGCCACACCAACUUCUUCGUGGUGUCGCUCGCCGUGGCCGACAUCGCGGUGGGCGUCCUCGCCAUUCCGUUCGCCAUCGUCAUCAGCGUGGGCUUCUGCUCCAACUUCUACGGAUGCCUCUUCAUCGCCUGCUUUGUGCUCAUCCUCACCCAGAGCUCCAUCUUCAGCCUGCUGGCCAUCGCCAUGGAUCGCUACAUUGCCAUCAAGCUGCCGCUCAGGUACAACAGCCUGGUGACAGGCCAGAGGGCUCAGUGCAUCAUUGCCAUCUGCUGGUUUCUCUCCAUCGCCAUCGGCCUCACCCCCAUGAUGGGUUGGAACAAGACCUCCCAGAAGGAAGACACGGACUGUCCGCCGGGCCUGAUGAAGUGUCUCUUUGAGGACGUGGUGGCCAUGGAUUACAUGGUGUACUUUAACUUCUUUGCCUGCGUCUUGAUGCCCCUGCUGCUGAUGCUGGCCAUCUACGUGUGCAUCUUCAUGGCCGCCCGUCACCAGCUCAAACUCAUGGAGGGCAAGGCGGCUCACGGAGAGAAGUCGAGCUCCACCCUCCAGAAGGAGGUCCAAGCCGCCAAGUCUCUGGCCAUCAUAGUGGGACUGUUUGCCGUGUGCUGGCUGCCGUUACACAUCAUCAACUGCUUCACUCUCUUCUGUCCCGGGUGUCGGCGCCCUCCUCUCUGGAUCGUGUACGUGGCCAUCAUCCUGUCUCACGGCAACUCCGUGGUCAAUCCGUUCAUCUACGCCUACCGCAUCAGGGAAUUCCGCCAAACCUUCCGGAAAAUCAUCCUCCGCCACAUCUUGGGCCGGCAGGAGGUGAUGGGACGACGCGGAAGCAAGCGCAACUCUCUCCACAGCAGCGUCACCGACUCCAUCCGACUCAAAGCCAACGGCCUCAGGUUGGACCUUUUCACCCAGCAGGGGAGCAGCAGUAGCAACGUCUCCCAAAGCUCCUCUGGCUGCACUCCUCAUGCGUCCCCUGGAGGGGGAGACCUGUUGACAGUAUCCCCAAUGCUCCUUCCUGUAUCUCAAGCAGAAGCCACUAGACCGACUGCAGUAGCCACCUGUCAUCAUCUGCAGGGUUUAAUGGGGCCAAAAGGUGUGGAGGAACAGGAACCACAGAACCAGAGCACCGCCUAAGCAGAACCACAGCUAACCGGCAUAACAGGGAGAGCAGCUCACACACACACACACACACACACACACACACACACACACACACACACACACACACACACACACACACACACACACACACACACACACACGUCUUGCCGACUUUGUGUGGACCCACGUUUGGUUAGUACGAUGUGAGGGCCCCCCUUUCCACUAUAGCUAGAAUAAUGAUUUUUUUUAUCUAGCACUAGAUGGGAGUAGAGAGUUUCAACCUCACUUCAGAAUGCAAAACACACAAAGUAAAAAAAAUAUUUAACUUCUGUAGUUGUGAGGACCAGGCAAAGGUCCUCACAGAAAGGGUGGUUUGUCAAGUGUAUGUCCACACAAGGAUGGUGAGACAAGUGCACGUGCACACACACACACACAUGCAUGCACACACACACACACACACACACACACACACACACACACACACACACACACACACACACACACACACACACACACAGACACAUUCUUGUAUUUGUUACCUUCUUGAGACCCGAGAAAAAGGCCUACCUCUUUAGGACCACCUUUUCUAUUUACAACAUUAAUAAUAUACACAUACUAUGCAAUUAUAAAAAAGCUUGUUGUGAAAAAUUAGUUGGCAUUUCACAAGAAAAAGGUCACAGUUUCACAAGGAAAAACUGUAAAAGUCGUCAUUUUACUCAACGCAAGUCAAAAUUUUACAAGAAAAAAACGGAACAUUUGUGCGAUAUUAUGAUAAAAGUUGGAAUUUUACUCAAUAACAGUCACAAUUUUUACAAGAAAAUCUUAACAUUUUGGCAAUUUUAUGAAAAGAGUCCUAAUUUUACUCGACAAAAGUCACAAUUUUAUAAGAAAACUUAAAAAUGUUGGCAAUAUUAUAUAUAAUAAUAAUCCUGACUUUGGAGCAAUGUUCACGCACUCUAGUAUUUGGCUCUCUAUUAGAUGCAAUGGUUUUUUCCGUAUUGGGACCAUGAUUUAUGUCAUCACUUGUUCACACCUCCUCAUAUGGAAGCUACUUUUCCUUCUUGAUGUCUCGAGAAGGGUAUGAAUACAAGAACACACACACCACACACGCGCGCACGCACACACACACACACACACACACACACACACACAUUCUUGUAUUCAUUACCUUCUUGAGACCUCCGGAAAAUGCCUCCCUCUUUAGGACCACCCUUUCAAGAUAUAUAAAGAUUUGUAUUUACAACAUUAAUAAUAUAUACAUACUAUGCAAAUAUAUAAAAGCUUGUUGUGAAAAAUGAGUUGGAAUUUCACAAGAAAAAGGUCACAAUUUCACAAGAAAAACUUAGAAUUUUGGCAGUAUUAUAAUAAAAGUGGUAAUUUUACGAGAAAAACUGAACAUUUGUGCAAUAUUAUGAUAAAAGUUGGAAUUUUACUCAAUAACAGUCGCAAUUUUACAAGAAAAAGCUUAACAUUUUGGCAAUUUUAUGAAAAGAGUCGUAAUUUUACUCGACAAAAGUCACAAUUUUGUAAGAAAGCUGUCACAUUUUGGCAGUAUCAUAAUAAUAAUCGGAAUUUUGGCAAAAUUAUGAAAAAAGUCACAAUUUUACUCUAAAAAACGUCACCAUUUUACAAGAACAACAAAAAAAUGGCAAUAUUGUGAUAAAAGUCAGAAUUUUAUAUGACAAAUGUCACCAUUUUGCAUUAAAAAGUAAUAAUUGUACAUAAAAAAGUAAAAAUGUUACGAGAAAAUGUUGCAAUAUUACAGAAGCAGAAAGAAUAUGAGAAAUUGUUCCCAAUUUUACAAGAAAAAGCUUAACAUUUUGGCAAUUUUAUAAAAAGAGUCGUAAUUUUACUCGACAAAAGUCACAAUUUUAUAAGACAACUUUCACAUUUCGGCAGUGUCAUAAUAAUAAUCGGAAUUUUGGCAAAAUUAUGACAAAAGUCACAAUUUUACCCCAAAAAUGUCACCAUUUUACAAAAAAAAAAAAGGCAAUAUUGUGAUAAAAGUCAGAAUUUUAUAUGACAAAUGUCGCCAUUUUGCAAUAAAAAGUAAUAAUUUUACAUAAAAAAGUAAAAAUGUUACGAGAAAAUGUUGCAAUUUUACAGAAACAGAAAGAAUAUGAGAAAUUGUUCCCAAUUUUCUAAGAAAAAAGUCAACACAUUGUGAGAAAAAGACUGCUUUUGGUUAAUUUUUUUUUUUUGUAAUUGGUUUUUAAUAUUCAUUAUUUACUUCAAAUUAUUACAGUAUGUCUCUAUAUACAUAUUUAUUUAUUUUUUUUAAAUUAAUUUUGGCCAAAGGGGGCGCAUUUCAAUUUCUUACACACACUUGUUAUUUCAUAUGUUGGCCAGAGGGGGAGCACUUUUAAAAGCGUCAUUCAAAUUUAUACACACACUUGUUAUUUCAUAGGUUGACCAGAGGGGGAGCACUUUUAAAAGUGACACAGUCAAUUUGAAAAAUCCCUCCUUUUUGGGACCACCCUCAUUUUGAUAGAUUUCACCACCAGGGAGCAAAUGAGACAUUCUCUAUUAGAUGCGAUGUUAUUGGGACCAUGAUUUAUGUCAUCAAGAUUGAUGUCUCAAGAAGGAUGAAAAACAAGAACACACACACACACACACACACACACACGCGCACACACACUUAUUCUUGUAUUCGUUACCUUCUUGAGACCCCCGAAAAAUGCCUCCCUCUUUAGGACCACCCUUUCUAGAUAUAUAAAGAUGUGUAUUUACAACAUUAAUAAUAUAUACAUACUAUGCAAAUAUAAAAAAGCUUGUUGUGAAAAAUGAGUUGGAAUUUCACAAGAAAAAGGUCACAAUUUCACAAGAAAAACUUAGAAUUUUGUCAGUAUUAUAAUAAAAGUGGUAAUUUUACUCAACGCAAGUCAAAAUUUUACGAGAAAAACUGAACAUUUGUGCAAUAAAAGUUGGACUUUUACUUUAACAGUCACAAUUUUACAAGAAAAGCUUAACAUUUUGGCAAUUUUAUGAAAAGAGUCGUAAUUUUACUCGACAAAAAUCACAAUUUUAUAAGAAAACCUUCACAUUUUGGCAAAAUUAUGAAAAAAGUCAUAACUUUACUCCAUAAAUGUCACUGUUUUACAAGAACAACAGAAAAAUGCCAAUAUUGUGACACAAGUCAGAAUUUUAUGACAAAUGUCACCAUUUUGCAUUAAAAAGUAAUUAUUUUACAUAAAAAUAAUUUUAUGAGAAAAUAUUGCAAUAUUACAGAAACAGAAAGAAUAUGAGAAAUUGUUCCCAGUUUUAUGAGAAAGAAGUCGAGAAAGACUGCUUUUAGUUAAUUAAUUUUUUAAAAUGUUAUAUGACAAAUGUCACCAUUUUGCAUUAAAAAGUAAUUAAAACAUAAAAAAGUUAUAAUUUUACAAGAAAAUAUUGCAAUAUUACAGAAACAGAAAGAAUAUGAGAAAUUGUUCCCAGUUUUAUGGGAAAGAAGUCGAGAAAAAGACCGCUUUUAGUUAACAAAUUUUUUGUUUGUAAUUGGUUUUUAAUUUUCAUUAUUUACUUUAAGUUAUUACAGUAUGUCUCUGUACAUAUUUAUUUAUUUAAAAAAAAAAAAAAUUUGGCCAAAAGGGGCGCAUUUCAAUUUUUUUACACACACUUGUUAUUUCAUACGUUGACCAGAUUGGGGGCACUUUUAAAAGCGACACACAGUCAAUUUAAAAAAAAUCCCUCCUUUUUGGGACCACCCUCAUUUUGAUAGAUUUCACCACCAGGGGGUGCAAAUGAGACAUUCUCUAUUAGAUGCAAUGUUAUUGGGACCAUGAUUUAUGUCAUCACUUGUUCACACCUCCUCAUAUGGAAGCUACUUUUCCUUCUUGAUGUCUCAAGAAGGAUGAAAAACAAGAAUACGCACACACAUUCCUGUAUUCAUUACCUUCUUGAGACCUCCGAAAAAUGCCUCCUUCUUUAGGACCACCACUAGAUAUAUAAAGAUGUGUAUUUACAACAUUAAUAAUAUAUACAAACUAUGCAAAUAUAAAAAAAGUAAGCCUUUGGUUAAUUAUUUUUUAAAUUUUUUUAUUUGUAAGUUUUUUAAUCUACAUUAUUUACUUCAAGUUAUUACAGUAUGUCUCUAUAUACAUAUUUUUUAAAUAAAUUUUGGCCAAAGGGGGCGCAUUUAAAUUUAAAAAAAUGUUCCCCGCCCCCAAUUUUAAUCUUUAUUAUAAUCCAACAUUCAACAACUUCUUCAUAUAUUUAUUUUCAAUAUCAUCUCCCCAUAAUCAUUUAUUUCCCAAAAUGUCAGAAAGCCAAUAAUGUUAUCGAUUUUUAAACAUUUUUUAAAUUAUUUUUGUCGACAAGUCGGACUUAAUUUGCCGGUCCUUGAACGCACCACGGUGACAUUCUGCUGCAUUUGAACAAUAACGUCUUUUUUUAAGUUUCUUAUAAUAUUUAUUUAUUAAUUUGAUAGGGAAAUCAGAAUACAGGUACUGAGAAACAGACACUUUUCCAAAAAACAAAACAAAAACACACACAAAAAAAUAAUGCAAAUUUUUACACACACUUGUUAUUUCAUAUGUUUACCAGAGGGGGAGCACUUUUAAAACCGACACAGUCAAUUUGAAAAAUCACUUUUUUUGGGACCACCCUCAUUUAGAUUUCACCACCAGGGAGCAAAUGAGACAUUCUUUAUUAGAUGCAAUGUUAUUGGGACCAUGAUUUAUGUCAUCACUUGUUCACACCUCCUCAUAUGGAAGCUACUUUUCCUUCUAGAUGUCUCAAGAAGAGUAGAAAUACAACACACACACACGUCACUCCUGGUUAAAUGUAUUUUCAAACACUCAAGUUCAAGUUUCAUUUAUUCAGACAAUUUUAAACAUUUUGACUGAUCAAGAGAACACAUUUUUAUUUUCACAUUUUUAUAUACAUAUAGUCUGAAAGGGAAUAGGCAGAAGCUAAACAGAAACAGAAACAACUACCAAGGUCUUAUGCAUGUGGUUGUAUGGUAAAUGGGUUAUACUUGUGUAGCACUUUUCUACCUUCAAGGUUCUUAAAGCGCUUGGACACCAUUUCCACAUUCACCCAUUCACACACACACACAUUCACACACUGAUGCCAUGCAAGGCCCUAACCACGACCCAUCAGGAGCAAGGGUGUGACGUGUCUUGCUCAAGGACACAACGGACGUGACUAGGAUGGCACAAGCUGGGGAUCGAACCAGGAACCCUCAAGUCGCUGCCACACGAACCACGCCGUCCCCAUACGUGUAUUGUUUUUGUUUUUCAUCAUCACAAAUAAAA